AUGUUUGAAUUACCAACAGUGCAAAACAGCAAGCGAAUACGAGCUACGCGCAAACUUCGAUACCAAUACGUCAAUGCACUGCACAGAGAGCAUGCCAAACUCCAGGGCCAUCUAAACCCCGGAGUGGCUUUACCAACUCCGGAGAAUUCGGCUGCAGAAGAAAGCUGCGAUGCGGACCCUCAAAGAGCUUCCAGUAUCGUGCGCAAAAGGCGUAAAAGAAGACUUCUUGGAGUCUUGGGCUGUGCUGACUCCGACAGCGAGCUUUCCGAUGUUGAGCUUCAAAACCAUGACGACAAUUCUCAUCAUCACGAUAGCGAAAAGGAGUUUUAUUCACGGCACGAGAAGCCACAAGAAAGCUUUGAGGUGUGGAAAACCGACCAGCGUUUAGCCGUUCCAAUGGCCUCCAGGACAGUCUCGUACGCUGACUGCAGGCAGAUUGAGAAAAACGCACACAGAAGGACCAUGGCAAAAAACACACACAUCCCUAGAACGGCACACUUUCAGUACUCGGCUAUGCGAAAUGGUCUGGAGGUUAGUAUGCCGCCUUCUCCCGCAUAUCAUCAUGUCCACUACCGGCAACUGAGCGAACUACUACAAAUCAGCAUACUGCACAAAAAAUGGGAAAACGCCUACAGAUGUUUCACCAUACUUAUUCGUCUGCCCGGCGUUGAUAUUAGAAGCUUGUGGGGUGCGGGUGCAGCCAUACUGGAUGCUUUGUCUCAAUCAACUAAGGACAUUGGUACCACAACUGAAUUUUUAGGUUGGCUAAGCAGCAUCUACACUUCCAAAAGCAAUUUCAAUCAUAGCAUGAACCUUACGUUAGAUCCGGUAUUCAGAUCGGGAUCCAAGACGCAUAGCGCCAAAUUUGUUAUCUCUUGGCUAUGGGAAUCCUUAUUCGACGCCUGUUCGGAUCGUAACUCUGGCUCCAAUAAUUUAUACGAUAACUUCGAUAGCCGGCUGCCGAAGCUGAUGGAAAAAAUCUCGGAAAUGGUCUUGUCGCCUCCGUACAUGGAGGAUCCUGAAAUUUGGUUUAUUUAUGCCCUUUGUCAUCUGAUAUGUGCGGACAAACUCUCUGCUCGGUUCAGUAACCAAAAUGAAACAUUCAGUGGGCUGGAAAAGGACAUAGCAAGAAAUCAGGUAACUCAGAGUAUCACCAACGCUCAUAACUGUUUGAAGAACUGUUUGGACAAAGGCGAGCAUUACAAAUUUCCCCAUCGUUUCAUACAAGAGCAACUGUCAGCUUUUGAAAAAAGGCUCUACCAAAUCACGAAAGAAAGAAGACCUCAGGAAGGGCUCAAGAGUUCUGAAAAUGAUUCAUCUGAACCCUCGUCUUCAGAUCUAGACACUCAGGAACUUCCCGCGCAGGGUCUCUCUCCUAUUGUCGAUGAAGAGGAUGAGGAUUUUUUUGGAAGGAGCGGAAGGGUUCAUUUUGGAUUCGACUCAGAUGAAAGCAGUAGUUAA